AAGAGUGUUGGAUGGGAUUUGGAGUGUAUUUCCUCUUACUGUCAGUUACAUUGGUGUCUUUUUAAUCCACAAGGCUCACAGGGUCAUCUCCAAGACUGUUUUCUUCUUCUGUCAGUCAAGAUUACGCAGGAAUACUUAUAUUUCUGUCUCUGAUACACUUACAGUUGCUUGGGAGUCUGAAUCUCAGCUUGGGUGGAUGUUUGUGUCACGUUUUUGGGAGUAAAUCAUCCCUGUAGAUUGAGGUCUCAGUGUUCAAAUGAAGCUGAUGCCUUCCUGAGGAACUGGGAGUCUCUCCUCAGGUCUGCUCACCUCUGACCGCAGGGGGUACACACUGCACAUCAGCUCUGUCAACUAUCAGGGUAAACUAGUGCCAACCUGAAAAGUAUUGGAUGUAGGGGUCAAAGCUCCUUCUUGUGUGGAAACCAGACUUUGUUAUGUUGGACAGGUCACGAACCCAAAAGUUUCUGGAUUUAUCAACCGAACAGCCACACGUUUAAUGCAUCCUGUCCUGUGGUGUAACGGGUGUCUGUGUGACCUUGGAUUGCAGAACGUAGACUCCUACUGCAAGAUGACAUCUGAAGAGCUCUUCCACCUGCCGCUCAACGUCUACAUCAUCAUCCUGGGCAUCGGCCUCUUCAUCCUCAUGCUCAGCCUCAUCUUCUGCUGCUACCUGUUCAGACUCAGGCGACAAGGUUCAAGAGAACAGUACGGUUACAAUGAGGUUGUUUUGAAAGGAGCGGGGAAGAAGCUGAGCCUGCUUGGUCAAACAUGUGCGGUGUGUUUAGAGGAGUUUCGCUCCAGGGACGAGCUUGGAGUGUGCCCAUGCUCCCAUGCGUUUCACAAGAAGUGUCUGCUGAAAUGGUUAGAAAUCCGCAGUGUCUGCCCCAUGUGCAACAAGCCCAUUUGUCGCCUCCAGCCUGACCCCCCACAAGCACCUGAGCGGCCACAGAGUCUCCUGGAGGUCUGAGAGGGGAACAUACUGUAUGUCCAGCAGUACUUCACACUCUCCAUUUGCCCAAAAAUGACACGCAACGCCACAUGAAUAUGAUGAACCUAAGAGCCUGGAGCAUGGAAAGAAGAGGAGUCAACCAGCCGACACCAGCUUUGAAGAUAUCAGAACCUCCUUUGGCUCUUUGCUGCCCCAAAUUUGAUGGCAAAGGCAGAGACUGUAAUAAAACAUGUGCAGUUGUGGAACUUUUAACAAAACAGAACAUAAGUAACAGAAAUGGUGUGCGUGAGUGUGUGUGUAUUUUGGCUGUAAUCCUCCACUGUCUCCCAGUCAGCCAGCUCUAACUCAAUAUGAGCAGACUGGAGUUACAGUGUGUUGCCAAGCUGAGUGAAGGCAAGACAUUUGAGUCACAUGGGAUCUGACAGACAAGCCAACUACAUGCUGUCACAACUACAUCCUGUUCAGCUACAACUGAACUCAGAAGUGACUCGACCACUAAAAUAACACAUAUAUACAUGUUUUUUUAAGUUAUUCUUUGGGAACUGUUCAGUAAAGGUAUUGUGUGUCAGUGAUGCUAAAACACUUUGACUGUCAUUUGUCGAUAGUGUGUCAUCGUUGCCAGUGGGACUGAAGUGGACCAACCCUUUUUCAGUGAAAUCGUAGCUCCCAGUGUCGAAGAAGUGCUCUGUACUGUAGUGAUAUAAAUAGACACACUGCACUGAUAGGAAGAGAGCCUGUUUGAGCUGGUUUCUUGUCUGAGCAUGUACCCUGUAAUAUACCAUGAGUACUGUGUAAAAUUGUAAAUGCUUUUACAUUUUCUGACUUUAGAAAAACAAUACAUAACCACUGUUUUGAUAAGGUCGUUUGGAUCCAAGGCUUUUUUCCCCCCUCUAGUUUUGCUACAUGUUGACACUUAAAACUGUUUAUUUAUAUAUUAUCAUUAUAAUAUAUGGAAAGGUUAUACCA